AACCGGAGAAAUUCGAAUAUGGAAGAAAUAUUAAGCGGAUUAGGGUUAUGGUUGCAUCUCUGAGAUUCUCCUGCUCCAGUUAUGGAAAUGGGGUUUUCAACCAUUUUGUUUUCCAAUUCAGACAGAGAGACCACAUGAACUUCACUUGGAUAUUCAGAAAUUUCUCCAAGGCUAUCCAUUCUCCUUGCAUCUCUGAAGUUUUCAAAGUCGACAACUUUGCAUGGAUUAUAGCUAUUCAUGUCGCUAAGAACGAAAGAACGGGAUCCAACAACCUUUCGCUUGAUUUACUGUUCUUGGGCUCGAAGAUUCUUCAUUCAAAUGGUAAAGUAUAUGCCUGCGAAUGGUGGACCAAAGGCACGGUUUGGACUUCUCUCGUGACGAUAGUCACUACCCUUUUUUGUAACUCUACCUCUCAAUGGAUGGCAUCAAAGAUGUUCACUCUUGUUUGAAUUUCUCUCUUGAUGAUGAUCAUAACCCUUUCCCCUAACGAUUAUGAGAACCUCCUACAUCUGUAAAAGAAGCUCCGUUCUCUUGGCUUUUCCAUCAUGUAAUAAAGCAUUGGUUUGGUGAAAAAGAAAGCUUUGGCUGGAACA